UCCAAUCACGAGCGAGAAAACAACUUUAACCCGGAAAUAGUUAACCCAAAGAGUUUACCGCGAAAUUAAGCAGACAGACAGCGACGGGAGAAGAAAAAUAGCACGGAACCGACUGAAAAAGUAGCAUUACAUAGAUAUUAUUAUACACUAGUAGAACACCUCGGCUGUCCGGUACAUACCGGUAAACUUGACGACUAUGGACGAGUAUGACGAGAUGUUCGGGAUAGAGGACGAGUAUGAUCAACAGUUCGCUGAUGAGCUUGAGGUUCUGGCUGAGAUGGACUUUGAUCCAGCCCCUUCCACUAAGCGGUCAGAGUUCCGGAAGCAGAAGCCUCAGUCGUUCCAGGAAGCCAUCACCGCUGGUGACCAGCCACUCAGGAGCCAAUCACAGGCAUCGUCAGAACGGAGUCUCGGCCAAUUGGAAGCCCCGUCUGUGGCGUGUGACGGAGAGGAUUUAGAAAACCUGCUGGCGGAUGAGCCAAUCACUCCCAAGUCUAAGCGUCUGAGGCAGGAUGUGGCUAAGAAGCUGUUUGAGGUGUCUCAGGUUGAUGACAUCACCCCCCCGUCGUCUCCAGAUGAGUUCGAUCGACCCCCGAGCAGCAGACCCCAGCUAGUCCCAGUGAUCUUGGACAUCAGUGGCUUCGCAGCCAUCCAGGAGUCUCCUCGGAGAGUCACCGCGGCAACAUCGUGUCACGUUCUGAAGCGCCCCCCGGCCGUGGGGGGAUACGUUAGCGUGACGGACCAGACAGGAAACCGCGUCUACCUCCGACAGACAGACGACCUGAGGGGAAAGGCUGUGAACCCCAGUGCUUUUCGUAGCUCCCAUAAUGCAUUGGGUUUGCUGGCUGUUCCCAUCGAGAUACUGAGAGAACAGGUGGCUGAGAAGCGACAUCGCCAAGUGGUGGAGGAAUCUCAGCGCCUAACAGAGCUACUCAACAGUCAAGUGGAUGAAGAGUUUGGAGAGCUGGACGGCGGACAGAGAGAAGAGGGGGAUCGAGAGGAAGAGGAGGAAUCUUCUCGUCUCUGGGUGGAUCAGUUUGCUCCUCAACACUACACUGAACUACUCAGCGACGACUUCACCAACCGCUGUCUGCUGAAGUGGCUGAAGCUGUGGGACCAGGUGGUGUUUGGACGAGAGAGGAAGACACGCCCACCCCCAGCCGAGAGGCCCGACCAGAACACAGCCAAUCAGGGCCAGGGACGCUUUAAUUCCUUCAAUAAGGGCCGGGGACGCUUUAAUUCCACCAAUCGGAGCCAGGGGAACUUUCAUCAAGCCAAUCAGAAAUUUAAGACCAAGAGUCAGAUCACUGAGGAGAUUCUGGAGGCCGAACUCGACCAAUACAACAGACCCAAAUACAAGGUGGUGCUGCUGUCAGGUCCUCCAGGUUUAGGGAAGACCACUCUGGCCCACAUCAUCGCUAAGCAUGCUGGGUACAACGUGGUGGAGAUUAACGCCAGUGAUGACCGCAGUGCGGAGCUGUUCCAGAAGCGUAUCGACACAGCGACCCUGAUGAGGUCAGUGCUGGGAGCCAAUGAGAAGCCUAACUGCCUCAUCAUCGACGAAAUCGACGGAGCGCCCGCCGCUGCCAUCAGCAUCCUAUUGGCCACUCUGAACAGGAAGGACAGCCAUGGGGCGGAGUCAGAGGCGGAGCCUCUAAAGAAGAAGAAGAAGAAAGAGUCUGUCCUCCUCCGUCCAAUCAUCUGCAUCUGUAACGACCUGUAUGUUCCAGCCCUGAGGCCUCUGAGGCAGCAGGCGUUUCUAUUGGCCUUCCCCCAGACACAGCCUUCCCGCCUGGCACAGAGACUGGCUGAGAUAUCCAGGUGCCAGGGUAUGAAGGCUGACGUGGGGACUCUGAUUGCUCUCUGUGAGAAGACGGACAAUGACAUCAGAUCCUGCAUAAACACACUGCAGUUCCUCCACGGCCGAGGGAAGAGACAGCUGGACGUGCAGGCGGUCCAGUCCAUGAGGAUCGGCCAGAAGGAUCAGAAUAAAGGACUGUUCAACCUCUGGCAGGAGAUCUUCCAACUGCCACGCAUCAAACGGAAGCGUGUGGGCGAGGAGCUGGAAGAGGGUCUUAGAGAAGGAGGCGGGGCCGAGAGACUACAGCACAUCCUUCACCUGGCCUCAUCCACCGGAGAGCACGACAAACUCACACAG